GCCGUGCUCGGCUGUGCCGUGCCGAGUCGGGCCAGGGCAGGAGCGGGUUGGGGGGUACGGCCUCAGAGUCGGCGGUGCCGGGGACAGGCGCUCGGGGCAUCCCGCGCCUCUCUGAGGUCCCCGCCCCGUCCCGGCCGGGCCAACUCGCCUGUCAGUCAGUGGGGCGGAGGCAGCGACGGUAGAGGGGCCGGAGCCGGGCACGGAGAAGAGCGCGGGCCAGGCCGAGCGGUGGGGACCUGCCUCUUAACUCCACGGACUCUUCGCCCCAGACUUGCGAAGCUGUACCCCCUGCGCUUCGUUGGACGCCUCCGUAACCCGCGAAGGGCUCUCUUCCCCCGUAGCCUCCCACCCCCGUGACCUCUUCCUAGGACCCGAGAGCUCACUCAGAAGAGGGUGUUGUGGGUACAGGCCAUCGACCCUGUGACCCCUCACGGGCCAGGGCCUUGGUUUCCCUCAGGCCUUCCUCCCCUGACUCCCUCCUCAUAGCUUCUGGGGACAGAGCCCUGACCUACCACCAGGACCCCUGCCUGCGAACUCCUCACUGACGGCUUCCUCCUAGGAGUCCCCCUCCGUGGGUCUCCUCCUAAGAGCAUCCCUUUUGGCCUCUGGCAAGCCCCCCCGCCAACCGAGGUGGGGAGGCCUCGGCAGCCAUGCUCGCCCUGGGCCCCCUGUCACCCCACCACCCCCUGGGCACCGAAGCCGGAGUCUAGCAGGGGGCCAGCAGCCAAGAGGCUGGGGCAGGAGACAGGUCACGGUCCACCUCCCUGCUGGGGAGGGAGCAAAGAUGGAGCGGCGGGAGGAGCAGCCGGGGGCUGCAGGGGCUGGAGCAGCACCAGCCUUGGACUUCACUGUGGAGAACGUGGAGAAGGCGCUGCACCAGCUCUACUACGACCCCAACAUUGAGAACAAGAACCUGGCUCAGAAGUGGCUGAUGCAGGCCCAGGUCUCCCCACAGGCCUGGCACUUCAGCUGGCAGCUCCUGCAGCCCAACAAGGUGCCUGAGAUCCAGUACUUUGGGGCCAGUGCCCUGCACAUCAAGAUCUCUCGCUACUGGAGUGACAUCCCCACUGACCAGUAUGAGAGUCUAAAGGCACAGCUCUUCACCCAGAUCACCCGCUUUGCCAGUGGCUCCAAGAUUGUGCUGACUCGGCUGUGCGUGGCACUGGCCUCGCUGGCUCUCAGCAUGAUGCCUGAUGCUUGGCCGUGUGCUGUGGCAGAUAUGGUACGGCUCUUCCAGGCUGAGGACUCACCAGUGGAUGGCCAGGGCCGCUGCCUGGCCCUGCUAGAGCUGCUGACAGUGCUGCCCGAGGAGUUCCAGACCAGCCGCCUGCCCCAGUAUCGCAAAAGCCUGGUGCGGGCCAGCCUGGCAGUGGAGUGUGGGGCUGUCUUCCCGCUGCUGGAGCAGCUGCUGCAGCAGCCCAGCUCACCCAGCUGUGUGCGUCAGAAGGUGCUCAAGUGCUUUUCCAGCUGGGUGCAGCUGGAGGUGCCCCUGCAGGACUGUGAGGCGCUCAUUCAGGCUGCCUUCGCUGCUCUGCAGGACUCAGAGCUCUUCGACAGCAGCGUGGAGGCCAUUGUCAAUGCCAUCUCGCAGCCUGAUGCCCAGAGGUAUGUGAACACACUCCUGAAACUCAUCCCACUGGUACUGGGACUGCAGGAUCAACUGCGACAGGCAGUGCAGAAUGGGGACAUGGAGACCUCCCACGGCAUCUGUCGCAUUGCUGUGGCCCUGGGCGAGAACCACUCCCGGGCCUUGCUGGACCAAGUGGAGCACUGGCAGAGCUUUCUGGCCCUUGUCAACAUGAUCAUGUUCUGCACGGGCAUCCCUGGCCACUUCCCUGUCAAUGAGACCACCAGCUCCCUGACCCUCACCUUCUGGUACACGCUGCAGGAUGACAUUCUGUCCUUUGAGGCAGAGAAGCAGGCUGUGUACCAGCAGGUAUACCGGCCGGUCUACUUCCAGCUGGUAGAUGUGCUUCUGCACAAGGCCCAGUUCCCUUCUGAUGAAGAAUAUGGAUUCUGGUCCUCAGAUGAGAAGGAGCAGUUCCGAAUUUACAGGGUGGACAUCUCAGAUACACUCAUGUAUGUCUAUGAGAUGCUGGGGGCCGAGCUGCUCAGCAACCUCUAUGACAAGCUGGGCCGUUUGCUUACCAGCUCAGAGGAGCCCUACUCCUGGCAGCACACAGAGGCCCUGCUCUAUGGCUUCCAGUCCAUCGCGGAGACCAUCGAUGUCAACUAUUCUGAUGUGGUGCCCGGGCUCAUUGGCCUCAUCCCACGGAUCAGCAUCAGUAAUGUGCAGCUGGCGGACACUGUCAUGUUCACCAUUGGAGCUCUGUCUGAAUGGCUGGCUGACCACCCCGUCAUGAUCAACAGCGUUCUACCCUUAGUACUGCAUGCCCUAGGCAAUCCUGAGCUCUCUAUCUCUUCUGUGUCCACCCUCAAGAAGAUCUGCCGAGAAUGCAAGUAUGACCUGCCGCCCUAUGCUGCCAACAUCGUGGCUGUCUCCCAGGAUGUGCUGAUGAAACAGAUCCAUAAGACGAGCCAGUGCAUGUGGCUGAUGCAGGCACUGGGCUUCCUGCUGUCGGCCCUGCAAGUGGAGGAGAUCCUUAAAAACCUGCACUCGCUCAUCUCACCAUAUAUCCAGCAGCUGGAGAAGCUGGCGGAGGAGAUACCUAAUCCCUCCAACAAGCUGGCCAUUGUCCACAUCUUGGGGCUUCUCUCCAACCUCUUCACCACGCUGGACGUCAGUCAUCAUGAAGAUGAUCAUGAAGGCUCUGAGCUCCGGAAGCUGCCAGUGCCGCAGGGACCCAACCCUGUGGUGGUGGUACUGCAGCAGGUCUUCCAGCUUAUCCAGAAGGUGCUGAGCAAAUGGCUGAAUGAUGCCCAGGUGGUGGAGGCGGUGUGCGCUAUCUUCGAGAAGUCAGUUAAGACGCUGCUGGACGACUUUGCCCCCAUGGUGCCACAGCUGUGUGAGAUGCUGGGUCGGAUGUACAGCACCAUCCCUCAGGCCUCCGCUCUUGACCUCACUCGACAGCUGGUCCACAUCUUUGCUCAUGAGCCUGCCCACUUUCCCCCAAUCGAGGCCCUCUUCCUGCUCGUCACCUCCGUCACACUCACCCUCUUCCAGCAAGGGCCCAGGGAUCAUCCUGAUAUUGUUGAUUCAUUUAUGCAACUCCUGGCACAGGCUCUGAAGCGGAAGCCAGAUUUGUUCCUGUGUGAACGAUUGGAUGUCAAAGCUGUGUUCCAGUGUGCUGUGCUGGCCCUCAAGUUCCCCGAAGCACCUACUGUCAAGGCCUCCUGUGGCUUCUUUACAGAGCUGCUGCCUCGGUGUGGGGAAGUAGAACCUGUGGGAAAGGUGGUACAGGAGGAUGGCCGUAUGCUGCUCAUAGCAGUGCUGGAGGCCAUUGGGGGCCAGGCCUCCCGCAGCCUCAUGGACUGCUUUGCCGACAUCCUAUUUGCUCUGAACAAACACUGCUUCAGCCUCCUGAGCGUGUGGAUCAAGGAGGCACUUCAGUCACCUGGUUUUCCCUCUGCCCGCCUCAGCCCUGAACAGAAGGACACCUUCAGCCAACAGAUCCUUCGCGAGCGAGUAAACAAGAGGCGGGUGAAGGAGAUGGUGAAAGAGUUCACACUGCUGUGCCGGGGGCUACAUGGCACAGAUUACACAGCUGACUACUGAGGGGCGCCCCCGUCCCACCCACACCUCCUCCUCACCCCUUCCUAUCCCCAGAGAGUAAACUUGAACCUUC